CAGUAGUCACCUGUCACCUGGCUUGCAUUGAUUACAAACCCGCUCUAAAAACUUAUUAUUUUUUGUUAUUAUAUUAUACUGUCAUAAUUUGUCGUGCUUACCAUUGAUUAUAUUAGCUUGUUUAUAAGUUAUUCUCUAGCAUACAUACAUAUAUACCUAGUUAUUGGGCUAUUGAAAUGGCUGAUAAAAUUGUCCGGAGAAAAGUUUCUUCAGCGUUCAAGCUUCAUGGUUUUACCCUCAGAAGUGAAAGCUGUACCUAUUUAGUGGAGCAGCUAGAGCCUUUGGACGAAAGCGAAUUUGAAGUUUGGUUAGCAAAACUCAUAGACCAUAUCCAGAGUCAGCGCCUUCCCUCAAACGUUGUCGAGCUAAAUGCAGUUGAACUUGCUGUUCGAGAUUGUGCCAAUGAGCAACAGCAAGCUGCUGAAGAUGUAUUCUGUGUUAUUAGUGCAUUUGAUGUGCCAAGAUUUAAGUUCAACCCUGACUUGAAAAAGUACGAGGCUGCUCCAAAAAAAGAACACUCACUGUUUGACUCAGCAGAUGCCAAAGCUCAACUAUUUCGGGAUAGAUAUACACUCAUCAAGCAGAUUACAGAGAGGCACCCUCUUUUCAAACCAUCAGCUGACAACUCUGAAGAAAAGUUUAAAAUCUAUCCCAUUGAGCACUUGUUGAGUUGCCCACGGAGAUUGAAUAAAAUCAUCACAUUGGGGCUCUUCUCGCAGCUGAAGAUUGGGAUGUAUCACCUGGAAGACCCCACAGGAAUCGUCCAAUUAGACCUCACAGAUCACAGCUAUCAUGUCGGUCUUCACGCUGAAAACUGCAUUGUCUUGGCGGAAGGUUGGUAUGAAGACAAAAUUUUCCACGCCAAGGCCAUCGGCUUCCCUCCAGCGGAGACAGCAGAAGUUAGUCGGGCGUAUUUGGGAUCUCUGAAUAUGUUCGGCGGCGAUUCAAGGCUCGCAUGCAGAACCAACAAGUCUCUCCUGAAAACCAUGAGGGACAACAAAGACAGAUUAAUCGUCUUUCUCUCCGACAUGUGGCUUGAUCAGGACAAUGUGAUGCGCAAGCUUCAAACCUUGUUUGAGGGGUUUGUGUCCUACCCGCCAAUCGCAUUCAUCUUCAUGGGAAAUUUUUUGUCCUCCAAGCCUGGCAGCGCUCAGGCAGAGCAACUUAAAUUCAACCUGCGCUCAUUGGCAGACCUGAUAGCUUCUCAUCCAAAUCUGCGACAAUUCAGCAAGUUUGUUUUUGUGCCAGGCUUGCAGGAUCCGGCUUGUCCCAAUAUUCUGCCAAGGCCCCCUUUACCAAAAUUUAUCACGGAGGACUUCGAGGCACGCGUACCCAAUGCCAUCUUUACUUCAAAUCCUUGUCGGAUCAGAUACUGCACUCAGGAGAUCGUUGUCAUGAGGGAGGACAUCAUGUCCAAGCUGUGCAGAAACACCAUCCAUUAUCCAACCACAGGGAAUAUUUAUGAGCACUUUGCCAAGACGUUGCUUAGCCAAGCAAACCUCUGUCCGCUUCCCCUUUCUGUGCGUCCUGUUUACUGGAGCUUUGCUCAUGCCAUGCAACUGCAUCCGGCGCCUGAUCUCGUUGUCAUCGGUGAUACAGUGAAUACUUUCAAAUCUUCGCAUGCUGAUUGCCAAGUGGCCAAUCCAGGCUCAUUUGCUAAGAACAACUUCAUGUUCAUUGCCUACUGUCCCAGCACAAAGCAAGUUGACGAGAGCGAGAUCACAGAAGAUAUUUAAUUCCAACCUUAUAUUACUGAUGUUUUGCAGUCAAUAAAACACUUAAUUAUUGAUAAA